AUCAUAUUAAAUUAAAAUAAUAUGAUUUAUUUCCUUGUUUUUUAUAUCUUUAUUAUGUUAUUCUUAACUACUCCAUCUUUUUUGUUUUUUCCAUUUUUCAUUUUAGAUCUUCUUAUAUGUUUUACCCACUUUGCUUUAUUCUACAUAAUAAUUCAUUUUCUUAUUAUAUCUUACUUUAUUCACCUUAUUCCUAUACAAACCUCGUAUUUUUACAUUUUUUUCUUUUACUUCAUUUUACACUCGCUCACAUAUUCUUCAAUUUUUGUAUAUUCAUUAUAAAUCUAAGUUACCUUUAGCAAACUUUUGGAAAAUUUAUCUAGUGAAGCCUACGGUAAUUAAAAAAAUUAGAACUUAAUUUAAAUUCAAAAUUCCAAUUUUCAAGUUAUUAGUCUUUGCCAUAUCACACCUAAGUAGAUGAAAAAUCAUAAACGUAUCAUGUCUUGUACAUUGUACAACAAAUGUGAUGUUUACAUUUAAAAAUUAAGGUACCAUCUUUUAUACACUUUAUCAUAUUAGCUAGCUAGCUCACACAUACAUAAUGUUAAUUAAUGUGUUAGCUAGCUUAACUAGUAAAGUCUAUGGAAGAUUGGAUUUUGAAUUUUGAUAUAUGAAGCAAUAAAAUUAUUAUUAUUUUUUCCACUACUACUACUACCAUUACUAACAUUGGUGUGGUGUUAAGUUCCUAAAAUUGUUUAUAUUCAUACAUCUACGGAAUACUUCAUAAUAAGUAUCUAUCCAACUUCUCUUUAAAGGUAUAGCCUAAGUGUGUGUUUGUUCUAUUCACCUGAUUUUUACUUAUUUAAAUUUAUCAGAACUUAUUAAAACUUAUUUUAUGUCAUCAUAUCAUCAUCAUCUUCAUCAUCCUUAUUAUUAUUGUUAUCAUCAUUAUUAUCAAUAUCAUCAUAAUCAAUUCUUGUAUGGUAGAAAAUGAUUAUUACCCUUGAUAGAAAAUCUCAAAUGAUCAAAGAAAAUGAUUAUUACCCUUGAUAGAAACUCUCAAAUGAUCAAUGAAGAGCUGGAGCAAAUCAAGGAUAGUUUUCUCCCUUAUUAGAAGAUUACAAUAGUUCUGAUUACAUGUUUAUAAAGUGGAAGAAGUUUACAUAUCAUCAUAAAAAAAAAAAUCAUCUUUUAAAAUUUGUGUUCUUUAGCUAUCUAUAUUCAUCAAUGGAGAGUAAUUCAAGUAUAGAUGAAGAUAAUCCACAACAAAAAAAGCUCAAACUUUUAUGUGAUCUUAUAGAUCAUACCCAAAACCCUUCACCACCUAUAAUUACACUUAGUGAUGAUGUUAUUGAGCACAUCAUUUCUUUAUUACCCAUCAAAUUGGCAAGCCAAUCAUCAAUCCUCUCUAAGAGGUUUGAAAAGUCAUGGCAACAUUCCAUUUACUUGUGUUUUAAUUUUUUAUUAUCAAAAAAAUACUCUCAGUCAGAAAUUGCUGACAUAGUCCAUCGUGUCAUCAUAGGUCAUUCUAAUAAGAAAAUUGAAACAUUUCAGUUAUGUCUUGAUUCAAACCGUCUUGAGGAUUUGAUUCAUAUAUGGCUAAGGAUAGUUCUUUUAAAAAAUCCUAGUGUUGUAGACUUGGAUUUUUUAAUGGGAAGGCCUUAUGCGGGUCCCUUUGUUGUUCCUUUCCAACAUUUUGAUAUUGAGUCCAUACAACACCUAAGGUUUGCAUACUGUGUGCUAAAUUUUCCAACUGAAAAGUUUAAAAAUCUACACUUUUUGCGUACUUUGGUCCUUAGGCAUGUCAAUGUAAAACCGAAUUUUGUCAAAACCGUAGUUGAUAAUAGCCCACUCCUAGAGUCCAUGGACAUAGUAAAAUGUUAUGGUCUUCGUCACUUUAAGAUCUAUGCAAGUGCCUUAAAAUUUUUCAAGAAACUGAAAAUUGCUGAUUGUUAUCGGCUCGAUUCAGCCUUUGUCGAUGCUCCAACUCUGAGAGUUUUUCACUUCAUUGGAAAACCUCGAAACUUGGAUUUUAAUGAUAGAAUGUAUGAACUACAAGAUGUAAUGUUCAAUUUUACAAUCGUCCCAUAUGCUGUUCCAAAGAAUAGAAUGGAGAAAUUAAUGCCGUUCGUCUCACAUGUUAGAGUUCUCACUAUUUCUAGCACCUUGCUUGAGGAUCUUUGCUCAACUUUAGAACAAGGAAAGAUUAAAGGACCAAAACCUUAUCUUUGGUAUCUAAAGGAGGUUCAAUUGCUUAUGGAGACCUCAAGCUUUCUCAACCCAUAUGAUAUUAUCAAUUUUCUUGAUAAAUGCCCAGUUCUUGAGAGGUUUUUCUUUGAUAUGCAAAGUUUUGCUUUUGAUAGAACUUGCCAAUUGUGGUUGUUGAAUGAUAAAGAAAAAUUUGAGCAAUAUGAAAAGCAACUACCCUUCCUCAAAUUGGUCAAGGUCUCCAACUUCAAGUUUAGUGAAAUUGAGAAACAAUUGCUAAGGUUCUUCUUAGAGAAGGCGGUGAAUUUGGAAACCCUAGCUAUAUUUGGCAUGAGGAAUUACCGCUUCACCAAGAAGAAUGCACCUGCCAUUGUCGAUCUGGUUAACCUCUUGGACUCAUGGAAAACAUCUCCUACAGCUAAGGUGAAUGUCUAUAGGUAUCGUCACAAAGAAGAUGGUGAAAUUCUUCCUGCACAUCAAGAUUUCAUUAAGUAUUAUCCUUAUUAUUAGACCUAUUUUAAGGGACUAGUACUAUUGUUAUUGUUGGUGUUGUUCCAUUUAUUUGUAUUGUUUUUUUCUUUUGA